AUUGUAUGAACAGGAGCCUUCAUUGGCCUGUCCGUCCAAGUGCUGUGUUCCUCCUCAAUCCGAUUCCCAACUCAAAAGUGCCAAGAACCACCUCCUCAGCCUCAGCCUCAGCCUCAACCACAGACCCACCAUGUCCCGUCGAAGCAGACUAUCAACCCUCUCAGCACUCUCAGGACUAUCGGCAACUGGGAAAUCAAACGCCGACGAACUCUACCAGUACUCACUCCGAGUGGCCUAUCUGGCCUAUCUCACCUCGGUUCGCCAACUGGCAAUCAAGAACGACGAGACUAUCAACAACAGCAGCAGCACUUCCAAUCUGCAUGCCUCAAGCUCAACCCACUCAAAAUCCAAUCACCCCGCUCAGCAUCGUCCCCAUCUCCGUCAUCAGGCUGAAACAUGGACAAACACCAUCUUCUCGAUCGCCGAUGUCUUCAAGGAUGGAUCCGGCUCAUCAAAGUCAGAGAAGAGUGUCAAGUUCCCAAAGGAUCUCGUCAAAGCACUCAAGUUCAGGAUCGAGGCGAUCGCCAAGGGCACCGACAAAAACUAUCAAGACUUACUCCUCCGAUCCACCUUCGGCGUAUUCUAUGGCACCUACACUCAAGACUAUUAUCUAAAACAGCUCAAGGAGAACCGGAACAUCGAGGCACUCAUCCUACUCUUCGUCACCACCGCCACUGGCGUACUCAGGAAACGACUAGAAGGGGACGAAUGGAAGAUCCAUCUGAACUCUCAGGUCGGAGUCUUCGUGACCAUCAUCCGAGACUGUCUGAGAUCAAAGGAACUCAAGAACGUACCACAAGAACUGAUGACCCGUCUCGACAGUUAUGCCUCCAAACUAGCACCUGCCUCAUCCUCCAGUCACGAGCCAUCAUCCUCCAAUACCGACUCACGCAAACUGCCCUCACCUUCCAGCACCGCACUCACCUCACCCGCCGAGGGCUCUUCUUCUUCCCCCUGGAGUAUCAGUCACAGUAUACACGAUAUGCCCACCGUCAAGACCAUCGGUUCUCUCUUCGCAAUCUCAGACUCUCAGCUCCAGAAAGAUUUGAAUAAUAUUAGGAAAAAUUGCUCAGAGAAGGCAGCCUUCGACGACUUUAAGCUCUGUAUAGCGAAUAUCGCUCAACAGUGUCGAUUCCCCGGUCGAAGGGCUGAUUUCGAUUCCGAUGAUGGAUAUCGGGAAUGGCGAACGAAAGAAUUAGCCCAGAUCCAACACGCGAUGUUACAGAUGAUCAGAGCGAAUCCAGACCUGGCCCGAUCGAAGUCUUACUCGACGCCAAACUCAAACCAAAUCCCACAGGAUGACUUCGUACUCGUCGGAACUACUAGUAGAGAUACUGAGAGCUCUCCCUCAACCUUGACCCGAGAUCACACCUCUGGUUUCGACUCUGGCUCUAGUCUGGGUUACUUUGCCAAUUCGGGUGAGAAUGGCAGUCAACGAAACUCACUCUUGAGACCUGAAUCAGUCUCGAGCUCCGGGAACCUCUUGGCUGCCGAUCUUCACCAGCAGGAUAGUAUCAACCAAGUCCUGGAAUGGGACGAAAAUCUAGAUGGAGAGAGGGGGGAAGAUGAUUGUGGCUUUUCCUAUAGCGCUGAAGAGCUCUCGACGACUCAGUUCGUUUAUAUCCCACCCAACCCGAUCCUGCAGUACAAAGCCCUAAUGGAUCAAUGUCUGGACUUUGAUCUCGAAUCAAUGAAAAGUCUUGCAGAGGAUGAAGAGGUCUCCCUAAAGAUCCUAUCAACCCGUCAUCUAGAUUUACUGGAACAGUGCGCGUUUCGUUGGAGAUUAAUGACCCCAUUCCAAGUCGCUGUCUUCUUCUCUGCAAUCUGUCGAAGAUUCGAAGAGGAAGAGAUCCCGAUCAUCGAUUGUGUUACCGAAGCUCUGACGGAUGUCUUUAGAGUGAUGGAAGAACUGAAGUUUGAUGGCUGGGCAACUCGUGAUAAAAUGAUUAUGAAAAAAACGAUGUCUAGCUUGUUUGAUACCCUCCUCCGACGCAUAUAUGAGGCGCUUGAAUUAGUCUUGGAAUCCAAUUCAUGUGAAGACCUACCUAAUGCCCUGGAAUGUCUGAUCUCGAUUUACGAGUCUGAGCCAUUCAAAAUGAUCACGGAUUUAGAUCAGCGGUUCAGGGAGUUUACCGAGGCAAUCAGCGAACUUUAUGACCGACUCUACACCUUCAAAUCCACCGAGGCCUUCUCCGCCGAGCGACCGAACGAUAUCGUGCCCUUCCUGGACCUGACUGCUUGGAUCAAUACCGGCUCGAAUCGGAUCAAUAAGAAGUUCAGGCAGCCUGUCUUGGAUCGCAUCGAUCUAGUCGCCAUCUAUCUCGCCAAACUCUGCCAAAACCUCGUCCAAGAUCUUGAUGCAAUGAAACAAAUCCUCAUCCCCCCUCCGCCCCCCUCUCUCAAUCCUCAUCUCCCACCUGGUUCCGUAAUCAAUCCGACGGAUAGCCCGACAUUCAAUGAUGCAGAUGUCCUGGAUCUCUAUCGUGCCUUGAUAGAACUCGAAAAGAAACAUAAUAUGUGUAACCCAAAUGCUCCAUUGGUCAUCCCAAUCGACGAAUGGUUCUUUCCAUACGUCCAGAACUGGCUUGAAGCGGCGGAAAAAAAGACGAGUGAAUGGGUGCAAUCGGCGAUCAAAGCUGACAAGUUUUCUCCAGAAGGAAAUGACUCACAUAGUUCUUCGAUCAUCGACCUUAUGGACUCUUGUUGCUCCGCCGUCGAUUUCAUUCAGAAACUGAAAUGGCCUAACGAAUACCACAAUGCGAAGUUUAUGACCAAGCUUUCUCGAAUCAUUAGUAAAUCAAUUGAACAGUAUUCCGGAAUCAUCGAAGAAUCUUUUGUCGAGGAGAUGUUUCCCAAAGCCAGUACGGAUGCAGAUCGAGAAGCAAAUCGGUCAGCCAUCUGGACGCGGGCAAGGCUUGUUGUUCAAGGAGAUAAAAAGCCUGAGGCGUUCCAAUUUCAAGAAUCGUCUUGCGUCAAGUUGAAUAACGUCGAAGCGGCCAGAGUCUUACUAGACAAGAUGUACAACACCAUUGAUGCGGACAACGUGGCACGGAUCAUCCAUGAAUAUGAGCCGGCGCCGACCGGACAGAGUGUGCUGAGUGCUUCGAGCUACUUGUUCACGGUGAAAGUGGUAAUGGCCGAAGGUCUAGUCGGGGCGGACGGACAUGUUCACAAGAUGGACCCGUUCCUAACGUUGAGUGAUGAGAGGGGCAACCGGGUAGCGAAGACGCGGACGGUGUACGAAAGCGCUUCGCCAACCUGGAACGAGACCUUCGAUAUCUCAGUCAAGAGUUCCCUCUGGCUUGCCGCGACGAUUUACAAACGCAACUUGAUGGAGAAACACGACUACAUCGGCCGCGCCUUUCUCCACCUCAACCCCAAAGAAUUCAACGACUUCUUGGCCCAUGAUCUCUUGUUGGACCUCGAUACAAGGGGCAGGGUCUUGCUCCGUGUAAGCAUGGAAGGCGAGAAGGAUGACGUUCAGUUUCAUUUCGGAAGAGCUUUUCGGUCGCUCAAGCGAGCCGAAACGGACAUGGUUCGGAUGAUUAUCGAUAAGAUCUCACCAGUGAUUCGAUACUAUCUAUCGCAUUCGACACUGAAGAAAUUGGUCUCGACACCGGGAUUGAUGAUGAAAGGGAUAGAGAUGACGAAGAUGUCGACGAAACUAGAUCUAGAUCUAUCGAAGGUAACAAGUUACGGUGCCGGACUCUGGCGCUCGGUGGCCAAUUCGACCCGUGAACAAGAGAUCCCACUGCCCAAGGACGAGAUUAUAGUCUCUAAUCUCAAUAAUAAUCACAAUAAUGUCACGCCUGUUGAGAACUCUAGGAUCAAGGGCCCUAAAGGUCUCACCGAUGCCGAUAUCGAGGCCGCGAUUGCUGAUCUUUUCGAGUACUUGGAUCAAUGCAUGUCUACUCUGCGGAACUCAUUGAGCGAAAAAGCUGGACAAUUGGUGAUGGCUAAGCUCUGGAAGGAAAUCCUAUCGAUCAUCGAUUCGUUGCUGUUACCUCCGCUAUCUGAUCAGCCGUCAGAGAUGCGAGCGUUGAGUGGGAAGGAAGUGGACAUCGUCUUGAAAUGGUUGAAAUUCCUUACUAAUUUCUUUCAUGCUGAUGGCGAAGGCGUUCCUAUCGAAGAUCUGCAUAAUCAGAAGUAUAAAGAGAUCUGGUCGAUUGGGUUUUUCUAUGACCAACAUACUGAUUCUUUGAUGGAAGAGUGUGUUCGAGCGAUGCAACAACAGUUGCGGAAGGAGACUACCACUAAUCAUUCGGUCUCUAGAAAUAAAUCGGUCUAUCAACAAAGGAAUCUCGGCACUAUUCGUAAACGCAAGGCUGAUAAAAAGAAAUUGGAUCAUGAGACUAUCAGUUCUGAGUUGAUUAUGAGGAUCUUGAGGUUAAGGCCGGGGACGAGUGAUUUCUUACAACAGCAAAUCUCGACGAUGGUUUCGGUGAAUGCGCAACAGAAAAGCCAAGCGAGCAGUGCGUCUCAACGGGCCGCCAAGAACAACGGAGCCGGCCUCUCUCGGCGGAACUUAUCGAGCAACCAUCAUCAUCAUCAUCCUGCCCCUCCACUGCCUCACUCCGCUCUCGCUACUAUCGCCUCGUCCUCGUCUACGCCAUCUGUCCCUUCUCCUGCUCCCCCGGCCUCGGACCUCCACCAUCGGAGUAGUGGUUCUAGGUUGUAUGGCAGUUGAGAAACGUUAUAUCGUCUAGGAAAUACAUAAACAAAAAUGGUUGUUCAAGUUGAUCAGUAUCAUCUAUCUAUUCGGAGUGUUCUUUUUUUUGGUCCGUAUGUAGAAAAUAUUUGGUUCUUAUAAUAACAUGUCUGAAAAAAUUAUAACUGCUUCGACUUUUUGAAAACCCUAUUGCCCCUCAUUUCAUUUCUCUCUCUCAUUCCCUCUCUCUUUCUCACAUAUAUAUAUCUAUAAUAAUUGAAUAGAUCAUCAUGAUAAGUGACAUCAUCUUUAGUAUCUUUUCUUUCAUUCAAAGCAAUCGGGCAAUCAGUCUUUUCAUUCAAGUCUUACAAACUCUACAAAAAAAAUCUAUUUUUUUUUCCUUUGUAAUUUUUUUUUCUAUCCUUAUUUUUUUUUUUUUAUGUGAUCAUCAAGACCAUCAAACUACAUAUCUUUCCCUUUCUUUUUUUUAUUUUUGUCGAUGUAGUCACUUCUUUGUUUGUUUGAAUUGUGGAGGUUUCUUUUCUUUUUGUUUGUGUGUGUGUGUGUGUUUUAUAUAUAAGUCUGCUUUUGAAGAAAAUGAUCACUAACAACCAAAAAUAAAAAAACCGUG